GCGAAGGAGGCCGAGAAAAAAGCAUUGGUUGAUGCGGAGGCUGCAAAGCUCGGUGCGCAGGAAGCUCUGAACAAGUUGGAGGCUGAUCAGCGUGAGGUUGUUCAGGGCAAAGGGAGUAAGCCGCGUGCCAAGAAGCAGAAGACGGAGCCUGUUGCUGGCGGUGCUGAAGGCGAUGUUGGCCAAGGGGAGGCCGAGAAGAAAGCAUUGGCCGAAGCAGAGGAGCGAAAGCGACGUGAGCAGGAAGCCAAGGAGAAGGAGGAGGCCAAGAAGAAAGCGUUGGCCGAAGCAGAGGAGCGAAAGCGACGUGAGCAGGAAGCCAAGGAGAAAGAGGAGGCCGAGAAAGCAGCGUUGGCCGAAGCGGAGGACCGAAAGCGGGGUUCAGCUCCUGACAAG